AUGGCUCCUUUGAUCUCGCAAGCUUUGCAAAAAGAUGGAAAGCAAGAUCAAGUAGAUGUACCACUGGCAGAUCAGACUGGGGGGCGAGGGACCUUUAUCACAUGGCUUCUUCGGCAUUUACCUGAGAAGCUUAGAACACCAGAGCGGGUAGGGCUGGAUCAAAUGCUGGUCUCGUUUGCUGCGAUCCGUACUACGACCAUGGCUCUCACCAAGGUAGUGUGGGAGCUCGCGAAACGGCCAGAAUAUGUUGAGCCGUUGAGGUCAGAGAUACACAACGUCUUUGGAUCCGAAGUCGAUACAACAGACAUGUGCAUCAACAAGGAUGCUUUGUCUAGACUCCAGAAAUUAGAUAGCUUCAUUCGAGAAGUCCAGCGCUGGUGCCUUUCAACCUUCGUUACUCCAAGCAGACGUGUCAUGAAGUCAAUGUUAUUAUCAAAUGGUAUCAAGCUACCCAAAGGGACAUCUAUAGCAUUUCCCGCUCACGCAAUCCACAUGUCAGAAGAGACGCCAACAUUCUCGCCAAACUUUAGCUCUAACUUAACGAACCCGUCCCCUCUGAUCUUUGACGGGUUCCGGUACUCGAAUCUCCGAUCCAUUAAAGGACAUGAGUCACAACACCAGGCAGCCACUACAGGUCCUGACUAUCUGAUCUUCAACCAUGGAAAGCAUGCGUGUGCCCUGGAAGGUUCUUUGCUAUAUGUGAAAUCAAGAUGA